CAAAUGAUGUAGUCUGCUUCUGAUGACAGCCGAGGGCCGCAGUGGUUUAGUCUUUCCGGGGUUCGCCCAGCAAGUCUAGUGUGCUCAAAGAUAGUCGAGGACCAUCGAUGAUAACUUGGUAGGAUAUCUAUGCAACGUUUGCAUUAACAGCAAGCACCAACGACUUCAGCUCACCACUGCAACAACGGCUAUUCCAGUUAACUACAGCAACAACGGCUAGUCCGGUUAACCAAAGCAACGGCUAACAGCUCUCAGCUAAAGAGUUAGCCACGACCGCAGACAGGUAUGUCUGAAGUUAGUCUUGAGGCUGAAUCGGGGAAGACCUCACCUGAGGACCCUCAGCUGGAUUGUGAGGGGGAAGACAAAACAGAAGAAAGUGUUAGUGAGGAUGUGAGACAGGGCAGUGUAGACGACAGUAGUGGAAGAGAUUACCAAGAUGAUGAGAUGGACGAGAUUGAUAUUGACAGCACUGAAGAAAAUGCUGAAAAUGGUGAUAAGGCCAUUCAGAAGGAGGAUGAGGGCAUUCAGAGAGAGGGUGUGGUGAUAAUCAGUGAAAGUGAUGCUGCACACAUGUCUGCGAGUGUAGAAAAUGAGGGACCUGAGGCAAACCAUCAAGUUGAAACUGCUGAAACACCAGAGGAAAGUGGAGAUUCUGACACUGAAACAAAGGAAAGCACAAUGACUGAGGAGUUCCAUAGAAGCUCAGCGGCUGAGAUCCCAGUCACCAGCAACGGGGAUCAGAGCCCGGACAUGGUGUUCCAGAGGGACUCUUACCCCAGUGUCCCCAGGGCCCUAAACCUCUCCGAGUCCUGUGUCACUUCCGCCAACUUCGCCUCAACAACAGAGGGCAUCAUCGAAUCAGGACCAUACAAAGGGUCAGCCAGCCUGCCCACGUCUCCCGUGGCUCCUGUAGCUCCCAGCUCUACUGUUGCUAGCCGCUUGGCGCGCUCUUCCAGCGAUAGUCAGGCUGAGACAGGCACGAUGAAUGAACAGCCAAAGAGCGGAGCGGUGGUCCUAUCAGACGACUUAAAGAGCCCAGCCAUGGAGAAACUGGACCUAGUGAGAAAGUGGAGCAUCAACACUUAUAAAUGUACCAGACAGAUCCUGUCUGAGAAGCUGGGACGAGGCUCGAGGACGGUGGACCUGGAUCUGGAGGCCCAAAUCGAAGUCCUGCGAGACAACAAGAAGAAGUACCAGAAUGUCAUCAAACUGGCUCAGACGCUGGCCAAUCAGCUGUCCCAGAUAAUGCAGACGCAGAGGCAGCUGGGUAACGCCUUCGCCGACCUCAGCCUCAAGUCACCAGAACUGCAUGAGGAGUUUGGUUACAACGCUGAGACCCAAAAGCUUUUGUCCAAAAAUGGAGAGACAUUGCUGGCUGCUAUCAACUUUUUCAUCGGCAGUGUAAACACUCUUGUGGACCAAACAAUUGAAGACACCUUGGUUAAUAUCAAACAGUAUGAAUUUGCAAGAGUUGAGUAUGACGCGUACCGUACAGAUUUGGAGGAGUUGAAUCUGGGACCACGUGAUGCCACCACCAUGCCCAGGAUCGAGUUCUCCCAGCAGCAGUUCCAGAUCUACCGCGAGAAAUACGAGAGGAUGCGAAACGACGUCUCCGUCAAGCUGAAGUUCCUGGAAGAGAACAAGGUGAAGGUAUUGCACAACCAGCUCAUCCUGUUCCACAAUGCCAUUGCUGCGUACUACGCCGGAAACCAACAGCAGCUGGAACAGACACUCAAGCAGUUCCACAUCAAGUUGAAAAUUCCGGGUGGGGACAGUCCAUCUUGGCUGGAAGAGCACUAAUCACUCCCUCUGAAGCCGAAGAGGAUCAGUUUGACAGGAAAUGUCAAAUCCUACAGAAACUACGGGAAACCUUCAACUCGACUGUCACUGCCUUUCAAACUUUCACAGCUGUAAAUCUUUUAACUCUACACAAAAUGAAAAAAAAAAAAACUCUUACAAUCCGUUUUACUCUUGUUGUUGAAUCAUCCAUCGAUGCACUUUUAAACUGUUUGGCAAAUCUGUUGAACAGGAGUUGCUGCAUUUAACACAUUUGAAAACUGUAACUGGCCUUUUGUAUUCCAGCAUAUGAAUGUUGUAUCCCAGCACGGCGGACAUGUUGUCUCUGUAAGGGCAGCAACGGGAUCAAAACAACUGCCGUCGGAUCACUAUUUACAGAACUCUUCUCAGAUGACUGAGAUUUGGUGAAUGCUUAAUACAAGUCUAAUCAGGAAGCUUCAUGUGAUUCUGAACAUGAUUUCAAUCAUGAUUUGAUUUUACAACUGUUAAAAACAGGGUAAAGCGGCAUUCAGAUUUGAGUCAUGCAUGCAAUUGGUCACUUCUAUCAGCAAACUCGUAUUAAAGUGAUGGAUUGACGUAUUGGAAAAUACGCUUAUUUACUUUUUUGGCAACUUUUUUUGUGUUCAGUUGCAGGUUAGCUUAGCUAUGCAUAAAGACCCUAAACAAGGUGAAACAGCUAGCCCGGCUGUCCAAAGGUAAAUAACAUGGUGCGUAUCAGCACCUCUAAAUCUCACUUAAACAAAAAAGAAUCGAGUUGUGGUUUUAUGGGAGGUGAUGUGCCUUUGGACAGAGGCAGGCUAACUGUUACCCUUGAUUAUAGUGUUUAUGCUAGGCUAAGCUAACCAGCUCAGGCUGUAGCUUCAUAAUUAGUGUACACACACAAGAGUGUUACCGAUCUUCUCAUCUUACUCUAUUUUCCCAAAACGUCAACUAUUACUUUAAAUUGAUAUUCUAAAAUUAUAUCGAUGGCCGCUCACAAUAAAUUCUGCACUCUGCAAUAUGAUUAUAAUGACAAGAUGCUGCUUUUGAUAUUGCUCUUUUUAUCGAUAUUUCCCUCUUUGGUCUUCAUUCAUGGCAUUCAGAGAAAUUGAAGGACCAGCCUUAUUGUAUGUGACUAAAUGUGCCUUGGAUUUAUUCUUCUCUUCCUCUCUGUGCUUUUAUAUCUGGUCUUGUUGUUUAAAACAGGCUCUCUCACUACCAAUUCUCGGGACCCACUCUUGCAGGAAGAGCAUGGACCAAACACACACUCUCAAAGGACAAUUAUACAUGUUCAAACACUCCACACAUGUCUGUGUUUAAAAAAUACUCCACGAACAUUUGAAGUUUAAAGACAUUUUAAGAUGUUCUCAAAGAUAUUUAUCCAUAUUGCACAUGCACAUUUAUGCAUUUGAGACUAAGUACUUGUAAGAAAUGUAUGAUAUGAUAUAUGAUAUGAAAACCAAAAUAUGAUUAACUUGAGGAACCUUUUUUUGAAUUUGAAAGACCAGCUUCCUUUGAGCUUCUUAAAGUUUUGUUCAUUGGGCUACAUAAAAGUUUAGUUUUGGAAGAGGACAUACUGUAGGCUGGUAUUGAUAACCAGCUGUCCUCGUUUGGGUGAUUUGUACUUUUCCUUUGGCUUACCAUAGCAGUUUGGGAGUGUGAAUCUUGUACAACAAUCUAUUGUUUCCCGGAAAUAGAUGGAUAUAUAUUUGUAAUUUUCUCUAUUUACUUUGAGUAUGUAGUUUUGGAUUUUUUGUUUUUCCUGAAGACUUGCAUAAUGAUGUGAUAGUAUGUGCUAGUGGGACUCUACCUUUGUAAUAAUAAAACAUUAACACAUGAGUUAAGAAAA